ACAGAUGCACCGCAGUUGAACUCUCCAAAACCCUAGCUCUCCGUCUCUCUCUCUCUCUCUCUCUCUCUCCAAACCGUAAACCCCUCCCCGCGCAUCGGUGUUCUAUUUCUCUCAUGAAGAUCGAAACUUGACCCAACACCAAUAAUCUCUCUGGCUUUUCACAUUCUUCACACGCAUCCCACUGAUCAAACAACAUCCAGAAAUGGCCUACAUCUCUGCAUCGAAGCGACCGCAUUUGAGGCCCCGACUUUACUCUGAUCUUUCCAUCAUUUCGAACCCCAUCUCCCUCAAAUCCCUCUAUUUCUUCUGCUCAUCAUCUUCUGCGGAGCCCCCAAUCGAAACAGAAACAGAAACAGAGUCGCCAGUUUUACUAGCAGAAGCAGCGAGCCAGAGAGCGCCGAGAGGUAGGCAUCGGAACCCGGAAAAGUUAGAGGAUGUAAUUUGUCGGAUGAUGGCCAAUCGGCCUUGGACGACCCGUUUACAGAACUCGAUUAGGAGUUUGGUGCCCGAAUUUGAUCGUUCACUAGUUUAUAAUGUGUUGCACGGCGCUCGGAACUCGGAGCACGCUCUCCAGUUCUUUCGAUGGGUUGAGAGGGCCGGGUUGUUCUGCCACGAUAGGGAAACUCACUGUAAGAUAAUUGAGAUUCUGGGUCGUGAUUCGAAGCUCAACCAUGCCCGGUGUAUACUGUUGGAUAUGCCGAAGAAGGGCGUCAAUUGGGACGAGGAUAUGUUUGUUAUGCUUAUUGAUGGCUAUGGUAAAGCAGGUAUUGUUCAAGAGAGUGUGAAGAUUUUUCAGAAAAUGGAGCAGCUGGGGGUUGAGAGGACAAUAAAAUCGUAUGAUUGUUUGUUCAAAGUGAUAUUGCGGCGUGGACGGUAUAUGAUGGCCAAGAGGUACUUUAACAAGAUGCUGAGUGAGGGGAUAAUGCCAACUUGCAACACUUACAAUAUUAUGAUUUGGGGUUUCUUCCUUUCGACUAGGGUUGAGACUGCAAAUCGGUUCUUCGAAGACAUGAAAAGUAGGGAGAUUUUGCCUAAUGUGGUUACUUACAAUACUAUGAUUAAUGGGUAUUAUCGUGUUAAGAAGGUUGAGGAAGCAGAGAAAUAUUUUGUGGAAAUGAAAGGAAGGAAUAUUGCUCCAACGGUCAUAAGUUAUACCACCAUGAUUAAAGGGUAUGUUUCAGUUGGACGAGUUGAUGAUGCUUUGAAAUUGCUUGAAGAGAUGAAGAGUUUUGAUAUUAAGCCGAAUGCUUUUACGUACUCUACACUAUUGCCUGGGCUCUGUGAUGCAGAUAAGAUGACUGAAGCUCAAAACAUUUUGAAGGAGAUGGUAGAAAAAUUUAUUGCGCCAAUGGACAAUUCAAUCUUCAUAAAAUUAAUAACUGGCCAGUGCAAGGCCGGUAACUUGGAUGCAGCCUCAGAUGUGCUGAAAGCGAUGAUUAGGUUGAGCAUUCCAACAGAGGCUGGACAUUAUGGUGUUUUAAUUGAGAAUUUCUGCAAGGCUGGAAUAUACGAUCGGGCAGUUAAAUUGUUGGAUAAACUUAUUGAGAAAGAAAUUAUUUUGAGGCCACUGAACACUUUUGAAAUGGAGCCCAGUGCAUAUAACCCUGUGAUUAUGUAUCUCUGCAACAAUGGGCAGACAGAAAAAGCUGAAACAUUUUUCCGGCAGCUGAUGAAAAAGGGUGUUCUUGAUCCCGUUGCCUUCAAUAAUCUCAUGUAUGGACAUGCAUCUGAAGGAAAACUUGAUUCUGCUUUUGAAGUUUUAAAGAUCAUGAUUCGGAGAAAGGUUCCUUCAGAGGGAAGUGCAUUCAAGGUACUUGUUGAGAGCUACUUAAGGAAAGGUGAACCAACUGAUGCUAAAACUGCUUUGGAUUGUAUGAUUGAGCAGGGUCAUGCUCCCGAAUCAUCUCUUUAUAGAUCAGUAAUGGAGAGUCUCUUUGAAGAUGGGAGGGUCCAAACAGCAAGUCGUGUGAUGAAGACUAUGGUCGAGAAGGGGGUUAUGGAGAACAUGGACCUUGUUGCUAAGAUCUUGGAAGCUCUUCUAAUGAGGGGUCAUGUAGAGGAAGCCCUUGGGCGUAUUGAACUACUAAUGCAUGGUGGCUGGGCACCUGAUUUUGAUAAUCUUUUGUCUGUUCUUUGUGAGAAAGGGAAAACCAUUGCUGCUCUGAAGCUGUUGGAUUUUGCUUUGGAGAGAGACUGUACCAUUGACUUUUCAAGCUAUGACAAGGUACUGGAUGCCCUUUUAGGAGCUGGGAAGACCCUCAAUGCAUAUUCAAUCUUGUGUAAGGUAAUGGAGAAAGGAGGAGUUACUGACUGGAGUAGCUGUGAAGAGCUAAUCAAAAAUCUCAACAAAGAGGGGAAUACUAAGCAAGCAGAUAUUCUGUCGAGGAUGAUCAUGGGAGGGGAUAGAGCUGCUGGGAGGAAGAAAGGGAACAAAUUGGCUUCUGUCGUCUCAUGAUUCCAUUGUGCCUUCUUUGUAUCAGUUUUGAGGAGAACAACAAAUUCUACUUGAUAAGGAAAACAAUGUUUAGAGGGGAAAUUAUUCUCAGUUUUUGAGGAUUAGAGGGGAGAGGUUCUUGUGGAUUUGCAACAAACCGACAGCCUUCCCUUGUUGCUCAUGACACCCUUUGAAUCUCAAUAACCUAGCUGCUUGCUGAUGUUCCCAGUUCUUAGUUCUUCCCACUUCGCAUGAUCAGAUAGAUUUGGGUUUUAAUUUGGAUUUUUGGGUUGAAGUCUGAAGAUGUUGAUUUUGGAGUUUGGUUAACCGAAAUUUUGAAUUUUUGAUAUAUUUUUUGGUUGUGAAUCUGAUCAAACAUGAGAUUCUUUUAUAUAUAUUUUUGUUUUUUCUGGGAAUAUAGCCGAAUAUGUGAUUUUGGGUUUUA